AACAACUGUACUAUUAAAAAAAAAUAUCGAUGAUGUUGAAUUUAAAAUAAAUCAUUAGAAUAUGACAUACUUGUAUUAUCUAUUAUUUUAUCUUAAAAAGUUGACACUUAACUUGAUCGCGUGAUCAUUAAUUGAAAAAUUAUAGAUUUACACUAAUUAUUACGUAGAAAAAAUAAAUAAUCGAAGUACUCACAGAUUGACGCCCAAUUAUCAAUGAAAACUUAACAAAGCAACUUAUCAGCCUAAACAAUUACAAAAUUUGAAUGUUUAAGUGACAUAAAAGUAAUAAUGAUAAAUUUAUAAAAAUAAAUAUUAACUCAUAUGUACGAUAAUAUGUGAAUAGAACUAAUGACUUUUUAAUGAAUUUCAGUAAUCAAAAUAAUUAAAAGUUAGUAACAGUAUGUGUAAAUAUGUGGUUUUUUUUCUUAACUGAAACGAUUGACGUUUGAUUUAUAAGGAAGUUUGUGAUAAAAUAAUCAUCACUUUACUUUUUUAAUCUCUUAGGUAUCGGUUCAUUUAUUUUUUAAACGUCACUAUGCGAGAAUUUUUUUAUAAAAUUAUUGUCGGACUAUUUUUGCUUCAUGCGGUAUCAGGAAACCAAAAUGAAGGGAGAUACGAUAAAAUAUCUGGGGAAAAAUUAUCUACGACCCGCAUGGCUAGUUUUUAUGGGCCGACUUAUAAGCUAGCGCCGGAAAAUUUAACGAGGCAACGAAAAAGAAAUGUUAAUGGACAACGUGGAUUCCGAAAACAUAUCAAAUCAUGGCUCAAUCCUCUGCAUGGAGUUAUAGCAAAUUUAGAUACGCCAGUUUACUCAGUUAGAAGUUCUCGUAACAGACAUCGGCCUGUCAUUGAAGAACAUCCUAAUGUAAUACGUCACAUAAUGUCAAAUUUGUAUGAUGAUAUAGCGCAUGCUUCUACGUUGGAUAUUAAUAAAGCUAAUGACCGCAACAAAUCGACAAAUGGUUAUCAACGACCCACUCCUCAUAUUACCGGACACCGAAUGAAAUAUGUUCCCAAACAAAUUAAUAGGUACUCAAGACCUAUUUCUAAUAGUAUUUAUGCUAAUAUUACUUUUUAUAGAGAAAACUAUAAUUUAGUCAGAACUGACAGCAACAGUAGUAAUCAUAUACCGCUGACAGAAAAAAAAACAUUAGAACCUCCAAAAAUAAUAUAUCCAGAAAUAUUAGUGAUAGUUGAUUACGCAUACUACAAAUUAUUUAAUCGCAGCAUUUGGGCAUUGGUUCCAUAUCUGUUAGCAUUUUUCAACGGCGUCGAUAUGAGAUUCCGAGGGUUAACCAAACCUAAAGUCAGAUUGAAUAUUGCUGGUAUUCUUAUUGCUGAGGAUCCAAAAGCUCUUUCAUUUGUGAGAUCAAAUGUUCGAGGACAUCGAAACUUGUAUGUUGGAGAAGCAAUAGAGAAUAAAAGAUCAUGGUUAUUCCAACAAAAAUAUAAAAUCCCGCUUGAUAGCUAUGACAUAGCUGUUACACUGACUUCAUAUGAAUUACAAGCACAAGAUCUCGAUGACAGCGAUAAUCAAAUUAAAAUGAAAGGUAUUGCUACGAAACAGGGAGCUUGUAUGAUUGAUAAAGAGUUUGGAUUAGUACUUGAAACGGCAAUUGUUAAUGACUUGGGUGCUUAUGACGGAAUUAUGGCAGCUGCUCAUGAAAUAGGACAUUUGCUGGGAGCGGAUCAUGAUAAUGACAAUAAAUACUGCGCUUAUAAUCAAGGUUAUGUUAUGAGCCCAUUCUUGGUUUAUAAAACAACGUCGUGGAAUUGGUCACCCUGUUCACGAUCUAAUUUCCGUAUUUUCUUCAGAUCGGGAAAAGGUACAUGUUUGUUCAAUAAACCAAAAAGAGGUACAGAGAUACCAAGAUUAUUACCUGGAAAAUUAUUGGACGCAGAUGGACAGUGUCAAAUGUUAGGGAGCUCAUCAGCUGACAAACUUGAUGACUUAAUGUGUAUAGAUUUAGUUUGUAAUGAAAAUGAAAAUUCGAUAGUUCAAAGAUAUUUUAAGUUUGGUGCUGCUGAUGGAACUAAGUGUGGUAUUGGUAAAAUUUGUAUCCAUGGAUCAUGUAUUUAUGAAAAUGAAAUAUCUUAUUAAUAAUAAAUGUAAAAUUAUGACGACAAGACAUGAAGUAAUUUUAAAUCUUAAGAAAUAAAAAAACCAGAAUAGUACUCUUUUAAUGACUGUGUUGUAACCCACUUUUAUGAACUUAUUAAUAAAAAUUCAUACAUAAUUAUAGAAUAUAAAAUAACGUUGGCUUCAUUGGCCUUCGGCUUGUGCUGCCAAUAUUUUUACUCAUGUAUAAAAAUAUUUUUCUUUUGUAGAUAAAAUAGAUUUAUUGAUCACUAAUAAAAAUUAUUUUGAAAAUACUGAUGAUUUAUUACUUUCGCUAAUAAAUGCGUUAAUAUAAUAAGUGAUAUCACCCCAGACAACAUUCAAGUCGGAAUGACUGCUUUACGACGUCUUUUUGAAGGAGUCUUCAAGAAGUCUUAUGAUGACUUCUUAAAGAUGUCAUUUUUAAGAACUCUUAAUUAAAAGUUUUUGAAAACUCCAUAAAUAAGACGUCAGUUUUUUGACGUCUAAAUGUAUUCUUUUUUUAACUUCUUUAUGAAGUAAAAAUUAGGAGCUCCUUAAAGACGUCAUGGUAAAUUCAUACUAAAGUCUUAUUUACGAAGUCAGAAAAAAGAACUCUUUUGAAAGACGUCUUAUUGAGCUCGCUAGGUGGCUCAUUCGACAUCUUGAGAACUUCUUAAAGACUUCUUUAAGAUGUUGAUGAGACAUCCAAAUCAUAAAUAGGAACUCAUUCAGAACUCAUUAAGACGUCAUUUUGCUAUCUUGGACUAUAGUCUAUUCAGCACAUUAUUGAACUUCUGGAUGAUUAAUAUUAAUAUAGACUAUACAAUCAAACUUUUUUUCACAUGGGCAGAGUGAAAAUUGAAGUUUUAGAUGCAGGUAUGGUGAAAAAUUUUUUAUUUCAAAUUUUUUGUAUAACU